CGUCGCCGGUGACGUCACGGGCCGCUGCUGCUGCUGCGGAGUCACUGUCAACAAGGCGCGUCCCCGCUGCCGAGGCCCGGCCCCGCGCGUCCCCGCUGCUCAGACGGUUCCGACGGUUCCGGAGGAUAAAGAGCAGUGUUUCACUCCGCAGAGCUAGUUAGCCGUUAGCUGCUAGUGUUAGCUGUUAGCCGUUAGCUGUUAGCUGUUAGCCGUUAGCUGCUAGUUGCUAGCGUUAGCCGUUAGCUGCUAGCUGUUAGCCGUUAUCUGCUAGCUGCUAGCUUUAGCUGCUAGCUGUUAGCUAACUCUCUCUCUGCUGCCACCAGGAGAGCUGAGCCCUGGGUGGCUGGUCGGAGCGGCCUCCUCCCACCAUGGAGGCAGGAGGGAAGGACUGUGAGGAGGAAACGCUGCAGACGGCCUUCAAGAAGCUGAGGGUCGAUGCUGAGAGUUUACCGGGAGCUGUGAGCGUGUCGGAGGCGUUGACUCCCAGAGCGGCGUCACGCGCUUGUCUCGACGCCAGCGGAGCGAAGCCCAAACUCGGCUGCCCGAAGGACAACUGGCAUGGCUGCAUGAGGAAAACUUCUAGAGGAGCAUCCAGAACGCAGCGACGUCGGCGGUCCAAGUCCCCCAUCCUCCACCCUCCCAAGUUCACCUACUGCAGCGCCGCGACAGCCUCCGCUUUGUCGACCCCUAGUGGUUGCCUGAAGCACCAGCGCCUGACCGUACCCGAGCCGGCGGAGCCUCGUGCCGCCGUCGACGGAAGAACGGCCCUGACUGUAGCCGUCCCAGCCCAGACAGAGCUCUCUUCCUCGGGCACUCCAGGCCACAUCCCCCCUCUGGUUUUUGGAUCUUGUGCUAGCUAUGAGACACGUGUUGGAGCCGUGCUACAAGACAUCCCCGCUGUCAUUGUUUCUACCGCUGCGACGACAACAUCCACGCCUGACGGAGGACGCUCUGCAGACGGAGACAAGUCGAGCAAUGAAAGCGGCCCGGAGAAAAGUCCCUGUGAGGGAGCAGAGUCCACAGCUGGAGCACCAACACCUCAGAUAUCCAGAGAAGCCGCUGACUUCAGAGCGUUGUCCGAGCUCCACGACGGCGGCUCCGUGGAGGCUCCCCACGUUCCCUGCUCCUGUGCCCAGGAGGAGACGGGCCCAGGGGCCGAACCUCAAUGCCAGUGUCGGUCCCUCCAUCAGGGCUGGCACGGCGUGGAGGUGUACUCCUUCACGGGGCUCCGCAACGUCAUAUCGGAGUGCGAGAGGAGCCUGCCGGGCCGCGAGGUGGCGCCCAGAACUGUCAGUACCAACAGCAACGCCGCCGCAGCUUCACCUCCGUCAUCCACGUCGUCGGGCUCCCCCCGCUCGUGUUCGGAGCAGGCGCGGGCCUACGUGGACGACAUCACGAUAGAGGACCUUUCUGGCUACAUGGAGUAUUACCUCUACAUCCCCAAGAAGAUGUCACACAUGGCUGAAAUGAUGUACACUUAAAAGAUAAUAUAAUAUCAUAAGGAAAUGAUGUGAUAGAGAGUUUUGUUUUUCUGUUGUUGAGGGAAAAGGUGGCCUCGAAGGAAUGUCAGUAGCGGGUAGAAGAAUGGAUCAGGCAUGAAAGUUGUCAUUUAAAUGUACAACGUUGGCUGAUUUUAACCCAGGUUGAAAUGUUUCCAUUGUCCCCUGCCCUCUGUUUAACCCCCCCCAAUCAUUUUAGCAAAACUGACAGAAGCAAAAUCCCAUCUAUUCCUCAUUUGUUUUGACUUUCAGCCUUCAUUUGUUUUGUGCUACAUUUAAAUUGUCAGUUGCCAAGGCUCUUGGUGCAGGGACUUGCAGGAGGAGAUGAUUGAUGCAAACUUGUUUUGACCCGUGAGAGUCGCCUGUCUGGAUUUAAUUUCACUCAAUAAAGAAGCAAACUGCUUUUGUUGGGAAAGUGUG